AUGAGGUCCAGGACGAGCACUCAACUGCCUCCACCCUUCAACCAACUCCCUCGUCACCCCAUUCUAUACCCCGAUCCUUCUCCAAUCCACACCCUCCCCACCCUCACGCGGAUAAGCACCAGAACCCCCCACGCCCACCCUUCCCCCCGGAUUUGCAUCUUCGCCAAACGCGAAGACCACGGCUCCCCGCUCGCCUGCGCAGGCAACAAAUACCGCAAACUCGAAUACAUCGUCCCGGACAUCCGCUCCCAAAGACCGACAUACCACUACCAUGAAUUUCAUCCAACCACUCAACCCCUCCAGGGCCAAGCCACCAUCCUCGUCACGGAAGGUGCUCUCCAAAGCAACCAUACCGUCCAAGUCGCCGCCCUCGCCCGGAACCUAGGCCUCAAAGCCCUGGUCCUGCUGAACCGCGACACGGGCGGUGGAUACAAGACAAGCUCCUCGCCCGAGCACUUCGCCCAACUAGGAAAUGUGCAAAUCAAUAAACUGCUCGGCGCGGAAAUCCGCACGUACAACGCAAACGACCCAGAAGCGACGGACGCACAACCCGUCCUGGAAGAGCUCCGAAACGCAGGCCAAAGACCCUACUGGAUCCCCGGCGGGGCAAGUCUACAUCAUCUCGGAGGUCUAGGCUACGCCCGAGCCGCCUUUGAGAUUGCCGAACAAGAACGCGAAUGCCCACUCGGCAGCUCCGGCCGCUUCGAUUUUAUCUUCGUCGCCUGCGGGAGUGGGAGUACCGUGGCCGGAUUAAUAGCUGGGUUCAAGUUAGUGGACAGUCUGCGAAUGGGCGCCGCCGAGAAUUCGCCCCGGGCAUCACGGAAUAUCAUCGGCAUUCUCAACUCCCCGACUAAACCACGCGCAUAUCAUGAAGAGCGCGUGCUUCGGUUUGCGAGACGGGCGGGACAAUUGAUUGGUCUGUCCAAUUCUGAACGGGAAAUUACCAUGGAUGAUGUGCAAUUAGAUGAUCGGUUUGUGGGAGAGGGGUACGGAGUGGUCGAUGAUGAGACGCGCCAGGCAUUGUCGAUGAUGGCCGAGACGGAAGGCAUUGUAUUGGACCCGGUGUAUACGGCCAAGGUCGCGGCAGGGAUGAUGCACUGGGCACAAGGCGAGGAAAUGAUAGAAUAUGCCGAGAAAAAUGGGUUGCGACAGGUGAAUGUCUUGUUCAUCCAUACUGGUGGGCAAGCUGCGAUGUCGGCAUACUUUGACCGGGUCGUGUAA